CAGCAUCAGUUUCGUUUCUCUGGAACAGCACUGCCCCCUCGCAGCCGCACUGAAAUAGACGCUGGAGGAAAGCUUUCACAUCACUACACAAUGGGGCUGCUAACACUCAUGGUAGCUGCAGGUGCAGGAGCAGCUGGAUCUGUUGUAGCAGUUCCAGCUCUGAUAGCAGCAGCAGGCUUUACUGCCACUGGAAUAGCAGCAGGAUCUCUGGCUGCCUCAGCUAUGUCUGCUACUGCGGUAGCUAGUGGUGGUGGGGUGGCUGCUGGCAGCGCUGUUGCCCUCGCACAGUCUAUUGGGGCAGUCGGCAUGUCUGGAACCGUGGCAUCAGCUGUGGGGUCUGCAGGAGCUGCUAUCGGCGGAGCCAUCGGAUUGUUGGUGUAACAUCAUCCAGCACCCUCAGACCCUCAUGCCAUCUUUGUCUACACAGCAAUGCUACAACAAUACUUGAAGGAAAAGCUGAGGAAAUGGCUUUUCUGUCACUAAUUUGAACUUGAUGUACUUUACUAAAGCCUAACUUUACCUACUUUACUAAUUUUCUACAUGAAGGAACACUGCAAAGUGUUUUACCUGAUCAACAAAAAAUAAAUAUAUAUAUGCUAUAAAAUAA